AUGAAAUCCUAAAAAGAAUGUUAACCAAAGAACUUAAAUUCAGACAAUGAAAAAUUAGAGCCAUAACAUUUGGAAAUUGAGUAAUCAGAUACUAAAAGAACUUAAUAAAAUAAAAUUAAACUUAAAAGGAAUAUUAAUUAAGAUAACUAAUUGUUGUAUUACUAAGAUGGAGAGGCCAUAAGAAUGUAAGAAAUAAAUUAUUUUUAUAAGAGAAGAAUUUAGACCCAAUCAAACUUAAUAAGAUGUGUUAAAAAAUUUGGAUUAGAUAAAAUUUCUUUUUUGGCAUGGAAAAUAUGACCAGAAUGGAAAGAAAACUGGUUAUUGGUAUGCUAGUUGGAAUGGUUCUAUACUGAAUUCAAUUGGUGGAUACUAUAAGGAAGGAUAAAAACAUGGAAGAUGGAAUCAAUUAUCUUAAAAUUAUCACAAGUAAGUAUUUUUUUAAUCAAUUAAGUUCCAAUAAAGUUUAUGAAAUUGGAGAAUAUUGUUAUAAUCGAAAAAGAGGGCAUUGGAAAUAUUUGUUUAAUGAUAAUUUGAUGUAAAUUAUUAUUUCAUAAUUAGUGGUGGUGGAUAAUAUGAUGAAGGAUGUUUUGAGUUUAAGGUUGGGAAGUGGAUUGAAUUGGAUGAUGGAUAUAACCAAUAGAAAUAAGUAACGUAUGAUGGUGAAUAUAUUAAUGGUAAGAAAGUUGGCAUUUGGAAUAUUUGGUUUGAUUAGAAUGGGAUUAAGAAGAAUAUGUAAUUUUAGAUAUAUAAAAUAAAAUUACUAGUGGUACUGGGGUUUAUGACCAUGGAGUUAGAAAUGGCUAUUGUAUUGAACUUUUUGAUGGACUUAACUUUUAAUCUGAAAUAAUAUAAUAUGGAUUAUAUUAAAAUGGAAAAAGAGUUGGUAGAUGGGAUAUUAAGUAUAUGGAUAAUUAAAUGUAAGUAUUUUAUAUAUUUUAAAACUAUUGAAAUAUGAAAUUAGUGGUGGUGGAUUAUAUGAUUAAGAAGGGAAAGGAGUAAAAAUUGGUUAAUGGAUUGAUAUUAGCGAUGGAUUUAAAUUGGAUUCUCAAAUAACUUACAUUGGAUAAUAUAAUAAAUAAGGGAAAAAAGUUGGUAAAUGGGAGAUUAAGUUAUAUGGGGCAAAUGAUAUGGAUGAGGAGGAUUACGAUGAGAUUUAAGGCUUAAAUAUAACAAUGUAAAUAUUAAAUAUAAGGACCAAAAAAUAGUGGCGAUGGAUUAUAUGAUUAAGAAGGGCAAGGAAAUAAGAUUGGCUAAUGGAUUGAUAUUAGUUAUGGAUUUGAAAUUAAUUCUUAAGUAAUUUAUAAUGGGUAAUAUUAAAAUGGGAAAAAAAUUGGUAGAUGGGUUAUACAUUAUAAGAGUAUAAAAAUGUAAGCAAAAUAUUAGGAAAUGUAAUUAUAAAUAAUUAUCAAAUGUCAUACACUUAUAGUGGUGGUGGAUUAUAUGAUUAAGAAGGGCAAGGAGUUAAAAUUGGCAGGUGGAUUGAAAUUAGCGAUGGAUUUAAAUUUAAUUCUCAAGUAAUUUAUGUUGGAGGAUAUAAAUAUGGGAAAAAAGUUAGUAAAUGGGAAAUUUAGUGUAGAAAAUUGGGUGAAAGCGAAUUUAAAAAGAUGUAAUUAUUAAAGGAAAUAAUAAUAAAUCUUUAGUGGUGUUGGAUAAUAUAAUGAAGUUGGUCAAGAAGUAAAGAUUGGUUAAUGGAUUGAUAUUGAUGGGAACUAUAGUGAAAAUUCAUAAGUAACUUAUCAUGGUGAAUACAAAAAUGGAAUAAAAGUUGGUAGAUGGGAUUUUUGGUUUAAUUAUAAUGAUCAUGGAUAGGAAAGAAAAAGGAUGUAAGUUUAUUUAUUUAUUAGAAACUAAAACAUACCUGAUUUAGUGGUGGCGGAUCUUAUGAUAAAUCAGAUUAAGGAGUUAAAACUGGGUAUUGGAUUGAUCUUAGUGAGGAAUUUUCAUAAUUUUUCUAAUUAAUAUAAAAUGGUCAAUAUAAACAAGGUAAAAAAGUUGGUAAAUGGGAUAUUUGGUUAAAGGAGGAAAUUGAUUAAUGGGGGCUAUUUUUCUUGGGUAUACAUUCUUACAAUAUUGAUUUCAACCAAGAUAGAAAUAAAAAAGAAAUCAAAAUAAUGUAAUAAAUCAUUACAUAAAAUUAUGUAGUGGAGGUGGAUAAUAUGAUAAAUAAAAUCAAGGAUUUAAAGUUGGGUUAUGGAUUGAUCUAAGUGAUUAAUUCAAAAAAUAUGAACAGGUAUUAUAUUAAGGAGAAUAUAUUAAUGGAAAAAAAGCCGGUGUCUGGAAAGUAUUGAAGAAGGAUUACAAAGUACAAAAUGACGAAUUUAAGUUCUUUAAAGAAAUUUAAUAUGAUAAUUGA